ACUCGGUGCCACUGCCUGGGGGCUGUAGUGACCGCGCCGCUCCUCCGGGGGGCUGCCCACGCCAAGGACCAGCCUCUGUUGCCUUCUCUUCCACCUCCCAGUUUCCCCGGCCAGAACAUCCCCCCGACGAUGGCCGAGGACAGCAGCAGUACCAGGGAGUGCGUGUCCUUCAGUGUGCUCAACUGGGAUCAGGUCAGCCGGCUGCAUGAGGUCCUGACUGAGGUCGUGCCCAUCCACGGACGAGGCAACUUUCCAACCUUGGAGAUAACCCUGAAGGACAUCGUCCAGACCGUCCGCAGCCGGCUGGAGGAGGCAGGCAUCAAAGUGCAGGACGUCCGGCUGAACGGCUCUGCAGCUGGACACGUUUUGGUCAAAGACAACGGCUUGGGUUACAAAGACCUGGACCUGAUCUUCCACGUGGCUCUUCCCACCGAGGCAGAAUUUCAGCUGGUCAGAGAUGUGGUUCUGUGUUCCCUUCUGAACUUCCUGCCCGAGGGCGUGAACAAGCUCAAGAUCAGCCCCGUCACUCUCAAGGAGGCCUAUGUGCAGAAGCUGGUGAAGGUUUGCACGGACACAGACCGCUGGAGCCUGAUUUCCCUCUCCAACAAGAACGGGAGGAACGUGGAGCUCAAGUUUGUCGACUCCAUCCGGCGUCAGUUUGAGUUUAGUGUGGACUCUUUCCAAAUCAUCCUGGAUUCUUUGCUUUUCUUCUACGAUUGCUCCAAUAACCCCAUCUCUGAGCACUUCCACCCCACCGUGAUCGGGGAGAGCAUGUACGGGGACUUUGAGGAAGCCUUUGACCAUCUGCAGAACAGACUGAUCGCCACCAAGAACCCCGAAGAAAUCCGAGGCGGGGGACUUCUUAAGUAUAGCAACCUUCUUGUGCGGGACUUCAGGCCCACGGACCAGGAGGAAAUCAAAACUCUGGAGCGUUACAUGUGCUCCAGGUUUUUCAUUGACUUCCCAGACAUCCUCGAACAGCAAAGGAAGUUGGAGACCUACCUUCAAAACCACUUCGCUGAAGAAGAGAGAAGCAAGUAUGACUACCUCAUGAUCCUUCGCAGGGUGGUGAACGAGAGCACCGUGUGCCUCAUGGGCCACGAACGCAGGCAGACCCUGAACCUCAUCUCUCUCCUGGCCUUGCGCGUGCUGGCAGAACAGAACAUCAUCCCCAACGCCACCAACGUCACCUGUUACUACCAGCCAGCUCCUUACGUCAGCGAUGGCAACUUCAACAACUACUACAUUGCCCAUCCUCCAGUUACCUACAGCCAGCCUUACCCUACCUGGCUGCCCUGUAACUAACCUUGAGACCUGAGGGUUCCUGCAGUGGGAACCCUGUAGGGCAAGGGCUCUCAGGUAGGGGAGCCUCCUCCUAGAUGUAGGUGUUUGGCUUUUAAAGGGGAACUCAGCUCUGAUUCUGCUUUUUUUUUUUUUUUUCCUUUGUGUACCCAUUGGAAUGGGUCUGCAGUAUAUCAUGAGCCAACCCUAAAAAAAAAAAAAAAAAAACCCAUAUAACAGUGCCACUUUGGAAAAUGCUAUAGGAAGUGUGACCUAUCCACAUCUUUCCAAGAUAGACACUAACAUGUCACAUCCCAAAGGUCAGCACUUGGGGUUUUGAGCUCUGUGCAAUACUUGGGAUUGGGAGUGCUUGGGCAGCAGAUGAGAAGUUUUAAGCUACUUCUUCUCAGCUGAGCCUGGAGGAGGCUAUGUUGGCCCUCACUCGGGAUUCUCAGCAAUGACACGAACCUAUGUUGUGCUGAUAAUCUCUCUUCUUGUGUCAGUUUUAGUCAGGCAGAAAACGAUAAACAUGAGGGUGCUCUUGUGACUUAAUUUUUGUUCACAGGACUAAAUUGCAUAUGUCUAGUUCCUGUCAGCAGAGCUAAGAAUUUCUUUCAUCAAUAAACCAAAGCCAAUAGCUGGAGACUUGAGAUCUGGUUGGAAGUGGUUUAUGGUUUAGAUGCUGUGCUAUCUUGAGGAAUUAUGAAAUAUUGCUGAGCAAAAAAAAAAAAGAUGACCUUUUCUUGAAAUGUAACUUGAAAACAAAAUAAAAUGUGGAACAUAAUGUUAAAGUAGAAUUGUGGUGGUGGUGAGGGGGGUGGUGGACUGUAAAUAGGAAACGUGAAUGUCCUUUUUCUUUCUUUCUUUUCUUUAAGGAAUUCUUAUUGAAUGACACUUUUCGUCCUCAGCUCUCUCGUGGAUGACUUUUGUGUUGCUCCUCCUAAGUACUGUCAGUGCUGUUUCUGGACUCGUUGUUGUAACUGAUGUAAGGGUUUUCCCAUGUUUUAAUUGGAAACCCAUGUUUUUCUGGAGUACUUUGGCUAUUUUUUUGUUUGUUUGUUUGUUUUCUUUACUUUUGAAAAACAAAAAAGUGAUUUUCUUCUCCAGGUAUUCUUUGACAGCUAAUGAAUUCAGGAAUUUCAGUAGAAUUGAGUGACCUGUGGAAGUGCUUAGAUUCUAACCUGUCCCUGUGCCACACGAAGGUGGGGGUUUAGCAUUAAGUCUGGCCUUGUGUGCUUUGGUGCUCUCAAGGCAGUUUGAAAUCAUUCCAGUGUAUUUGAGGAAGCAUGGGGUGAGUGAAGAAUUAUCUUCCUUAUUCUGGUAGAUUUGACCAUACUUGUUUAUAUUCUGCACUUUAGAAGGAAAACAGUGUUAAACUCUAGUCUAAAGCAAGCUUAGUCAAUGGGAGAGAUCUAGCCUACAUAUUGCUUUCCAGAGUAGCUUUAGAUUGUAUGCUUUAAAAAAAAUUUUGUGUGUGUGUGGGAUUUUUUUAGAAAGCCUCACUUUAUGGUAUCAAGAGCAAAAGACAACUCAGUAUUGCCUACCAGCUUGAUUUCUCAAGUGAUUGAAUCAACCCCUUGCUCCUGAUUUAUAUUUUCUCCUGUGGCUGUAACAAUGCGAUGCCCUAAAUGAUUGCUUUCUCCUUGCUUUAAGCAAUGAAGUUAUCUUUAGUGCAGAAAUGCUUAGUAGAAAAACGAGUGGUUGACCUUUUUCUAAAGAGGUGUCUUCAGGUUUCUUCUGGAAUGUGAUCUCUUGGUCCUCUUAAGGAAGACAAGAUUGACAUGACUGAAACCCCAGGCUUAGCUGGGACCCAUGUUGUGCUACAUUAGGUGAAAAGAAGCCACUUCUUAGUGGAACCAGCUUCUGUUUUCCUGGGAACCUUAGUUAUAUUUGAAUUCACUGGCUUCGAGUCAAGUUCUAGGAGGGGGACCGAGGACCUGGGGUGCUUCAGUGUUAAAAGGUGGGCAGCGAUCCUGACUUUGAAAACUACCCGGUCAUUCAUGACCUUAAAAUGCUGCCAUUGUGGUCAGAUGACAACAUAUUUGCACAAAACAUGACAAACUUGUUUAACCAAAGCUUUUGGAGUGUGAUGAAGCCGCCGCCAACAUCAGCACUUGGCUGAGAGAAAUCAGUAUUGCUUCGGCUUAGGAGGGUCGGGAACCGGCGAGGCCCGGGAGGAAGAUAGGAUCUGCAUCAAUUAAUUAAAUUUCCAGUUUGUCCUUGGAGUUUUUUCUGCUUUGUAUACAUAUUUUCCAAUCUGUAACAGUCCUUCCUUGAGGACAAAGACAGGCACAGGAGUCGAGAGAAAUCUCCCCCGCCCCCCGCCCAGCCCUUCAUCACCAUUGUAUGGCGGGGUCUUGCUGGUCUUUUCACCUGACUUUUUUAGUCAGUCCAGUUGUAUUUUUGUAGUUUGAAAACAGAGACAUGUUGUAGAACCAUCAGGGUAAAAAGCUUCAUGGAUCCCGGCUGUACUUUUAAAGCACAACCCCUGGACUAGCGGUGUCUCCAUCUGCUCUCUGAGCCUUUUGCCAGCCAGGUAACCUUGACUUUCAGAUGUCUGGAAAUUCCAUCUGCUUUUCAUACUGCUUGCACAAGCACCGGAUACCCUGAACUUAGUACUGAGUCCAGUGGUUCCUAUUUGUGUGUGUGUGUGUGUGUGUGUGGAGUAACAUGAAACUUAGCAGUGGCAGGGGGCACUAGAGUUCAAGAGCAAGCUCUAAUCUAAAUCUAAGCAGUCUUUCAUUUGCCUCAGAACUCUGAACUGCUUUCUGAUGCCCGUUCUCUCAGCUCCUCCUUGAAGUAAAGUGGAGCAGGGUGAAAAUGUACCUUUGCCCCUGGGGACAGAUGAAGGGCACUCACUAGCUCCCUGGUCUCGAGUUUCAGUCUCACUCUUGAACCUUACCUUGGCAAUGAGACACUAUUUCCCACUCAAUAAUUUCAGUGCUGAAACGAAACUCUUUUAUCACUACUACCACCUUCAGAUAAGAGUGCCUGAUGACUGCAUGUGUGAUGUAGCAUAGCCACACCUGGGGGCCUGGCAGGUGGGAGAGUUGGGGGGAAAGAUGAUGCUGGGUUCCUGAUAUAUGGUACACGCUGGUUUGGCACUCAGUCCCCAGCCCCCCGCAGUUUGAUUCACAUUGGGGAUUGGAGUCGCAGCAAGCUCGGUGUGAACCUGUGUUUUGUGGAGACAUGUUCAAAAUCAGAUUGCUAAAGGCCUGGCCCUGCUUGUCCUUCAGCCUCACCUCUGCUCCUAGCCCUUGACCUUCACCGUAGGUCAGGCUUUCAACCAGCACUGCUUAGCUUCGAGAAAUAGUACCACUCAACAAGCAACUUCCUAACUUUAGGAAUAACUUCUUACUAGUGAACUCUCUGGUCCUGGUGCCUGGUUUUAGAAUGCUACUGUGUUCUUAGCUCAAACAUCCUCUUCUGGAGUGUGGCUUAAAGUACAGUGAUCUAAUCUGAGAAGAGACCCUGAUGCUCACCACGGCCAUUACUUGCUGGCAUCAGAUUUGGGCUCUGCACUAGGGAAGACUCUUUGGAUGGAUUCUGUGAGUUGGAGGAAUUUCCAUUUUCCAAGGUUAGAUUCAGAUCCUUAACCUGGCAAAGAAUAGAACUUCACAGCUGACUUUGGAACAUAUUCUUAUUUCAAUCAAUUGAAUUCAGAGGACCAAAAGAGGGGUGUUGAAGAGAGGAAUUUGAAAAAUACCUGGCAACUUUUUGGGAUUAUUUGUGGAGAUCUCUAAGGAAAGAAAGGGCCCUUUUUGUGAGUUCAGGUGCCUACAUCUUGUUUACCUAUCACUUUUUAAAUACAUAUAUAUAGUUUAAGUGUAAGCUAAAGAAAAUGCUUGGAGUUUUGCCUGGGCUAUUAUUGAGAGUUGGUACAAAUUCUUUGUGUGUGUGUGUGUGUGUGUGUGUGUGUGUGUGCACGCGCGCACAUAAGAAGGUGAGAUGACCAUCUACUAAAGAGGAAGUAGUUAAAUAACCUGGAUCUGUGGCCAUUUUAAAAAACUCCAACUCGAGCUAUAUCUGAUCUGUUGUUUUCUUUUUCUUUUUUUUUUUUUUUUGUGGAUGAGAAUUUAAUUUUCCUAAAGCAGCAUAAAAAUAUAUCAAAAUUAAUGGAUUAAAAGUAAGAUGUCCAGCUGACUAAGUUGGAAGCCCUUUUGUUAUAUGUUUGCACAGCCUUGAAGUUUUUUCUUAGCUGUGCCUAGGCUGUGUCCUUUUCCUCUUUGGUCAUGAUCUCUCACCUUCUUGAUGCAGAUUGAGAUCACUUGUCAAUGCAAAUGUGUUAGAACUUGAUGAAAUAAAGCUUUGAGUUUGAGAAAUAAAGAUAUAUUUAAAAAAA